AUGUUCAUAAAGUCUCUUCGAAACUCUUCCCGCAGGACGCCACCUGUGCCCACAGCGGACCGCUCGCGCUUUUCUGGUAAACUCAACGCGAGCAUUCGCACAUCGGACCUUCUGGCGCUCGACGACGGAUUGCAAGACGAAGCCAUGGACUCUGACGCCAUGUCUGUCGAUUCUGCCUCCUCGAGGGAUGCCCCGAGCUCGGCGACCUCUCACGAAGAUGAAGGAGACGGGGAUGCAUCCACGCGUUCAGGCUCACCGGCGCCAUCUAUGUACUCGAUGACCGACUCCAUACGAGCCUCUUCCUACCGUCACGAGUUUGGCCGCAGCGUGAAUAGCUAUUCCGAUGUAUACUUGCUGCCUGCAGAUGAGGAAGAACUGCAGCGGUUAGACCUCGAACACAUAUUGUUCCAGCGUCUCAUGGGCAAGUACCCUCCUCCGAUGCCUACUAUCCUCGCGGAGGAUGUGUCCGCUGGACCGAAGCGUGUACUCGACCUAGGCUGUGGGAGUGGCACUUGGGCUCUCGAAGUUGCACGGGAGUUCCCCCACUGCGAAAUUGUCGCAGUAGAUCUGGUGCCGAUGCAGAAUGAGGAUAUGCCUGAUAAUUGCAGGAGUGAAGUCGACGACAUCAACCUAGGGCUGCAACAUUUCUUCAACGAUUUUGACGUCGUCCACGCCCGAUACAUCUCUGCUGGGAUCCGCAAUUACGAGCAACUCGUCGAUCAUAUGGCUGAGGCGCUACGUCCCGCGGGCCUGAUUGAAGUGGUAGAGAUCGGCUUACGACUCUAUGACCACAAUCGUGAACCUAUCAUUCCGAACCUUGGCGACGACUCGCCUCACCUUGCUCGGUGGAUGGCGCUGCUCAACAUGGCCGUACGGCAGCGAGGUGGCAGUCCGGAUGCUGCAGAUAUGCUACACGAGUGGAUGAGCGUCCAGCCCGCGCUCGAAGACGUCGUCUAUCGAGACUAUUAUGUUCCAACUUCGCCCUUCAUGUCACUCAAGGAUCCAUAUCACUCCUUGUCGGAGCUCUUCCGCGAGGACCUAUUUGCAUUCCUCAAGUCUGGACGUCCACUCCUCUUGAAAAGCGGGCUCUCAGAGUCCAUCGUCGAUAACCUGGCCAUGAACGCGCAUCAAGAACUACGAGAUGCGCGCACGCCCACUUACAUCCGCGUUCAGUCCGUCUAUGCUCGCAAAGUCUUUCCAGCUCACUAG